UGAGGUCCUAUGAAGGAAGUAAAUCCAAGAAAUUAUUCUCAUAAUAGACUUGCUGACUAUGAUACUUUCAUUUAGAAAGCAAAAUGUUGGAAGAACAUAAGCACUUGCUUAAUGCAAGUAGAAUUUCAAUUGUCCAAGACUUAAUCGUGGAUGAUGUCUUGACAGAGUUGAAAGCAAAAUUUAUUGUUGAUAUAAGUGACUGUGAAGAAAUCAAAGCUGAAGUAACAACUCGAAAAAGAGCGGAAAAGCUUUUAGAUCUACUCCCAAAGAAAGGUUAUGAUGCUUUUUCUGCAUUCCACGAAAGUCUUACAGAAAAAUAUCCUCAUUUGGCGCAAUUGCUCUCUGGCGGCGUCAAUGGAGUCUCAUAUAAUGAGGAAGAUGUGCAUGGUGUUUAUAAUUAUUCAAACAGCGAAGUUACCAUGACCAAUGAUCAUAGAGAUAUUCUGAACAAAAAUAGAGAAGCAAUUGUUGAAGAUUUACUUGUUGACGAUAUUUCAUCUCCCUUGGUAUCAAACUUAGUCUUCAAUGAUGAUGAUUUGGAAAUGAUUCGGUCUGAGAAAACAUCUAGACUCCAGGCAGACAAACUGCUGGAUCUUCUUGUGACCCGGGGAGAUAAAGCAUUUGAUUAUUUUCUGUCUGCUCUUGAGUCACACUAUCCUCAUCUAGUAGAAAUACUGCAAGAGAAUGAAGGAUUGGAGAGAUCAAGAUUUCCAUCAGUUUCUGCUGAUGCUGAAAAGAUUGUUGCGGAAAAACUUUUAAAAGGUGGUGUGCCAAAGCUACCUCAGGUUUUCAUAUCUAGACCACGUGAGAUAAAGCGUGUGCGCACUGCACUACGAUCUUUGAAAGAUCGAGAUGCCUGGGUGGUCAUUCAUGGGAUGGCAGGAAGUGGAAAGACCAUUUUGGCAGCUGAUGCUUUAAGAAGUGCCUCUCUACUAGACGAAAUUUUUCCUGGGGGAGUGGUGUGGGCGCAUAUUGGUCUUGUGAACAAACAGAAACUUCUGAUGAAGAUGCAGAAUCUUUGCACGCGUCUUGACGAGAACAAAUACAGACCGCAGAAUUUGGAAGAGGCUCGCGAGCAUCUGAAAAGUGUAUUUGCUGAUCAAUAUCCUCAAACGCUCCUUGUUCUUGAUGAUGUAUGGACUGCACACGACGCUCGUUUUUUUGACAUUCGAGCUCGUGUAUUGUUGACUACACGUAAUGUCAGUGUUGCGGAUAACAUUGAAGUCAAGAGAUGUCCAGUCAAGGUUUCCGAGAAACUGAGCAAUGAACAGUGUAUGGAAAUUUUUAGAAAAUGGACUAAUAAAAAGUCCAUUAUAGAGCUACCUUUAACAGCGAACAAGAUUAUCGAAGAAUGUAAUGGAAAUCCUUUGGUUGUUAGCAUAAUUGGCGCAUUGUUGCGUGAUAACCCCACUCGUUGGGAUUAUUAUUAUUCACAAUUGCACGAGCACAAGUUCAGUAAACUGAAGCCAAAUAAAUUUGCAUACGAUUAUCCAAACCUCAAUAAAACCCUUGCAAUGAGCAUGGAAGAUUUGCAAGAGGAUUUGAGGGAAAAGAUCUAUGAUUUCGUUAUAUUUGAUUCUUCAAUCAAAGCUUCCACCUCUUUAUUUUGUCGAUUGUGGGAAAUGGAAGUUGAGGAAGUUGAAGAUAUAAUGCAAGAAUUAAUAAACAAAUCGUUAGUUUAUGCAGAACAAUCUUGCGAUCACGACACAACAGUAUAUUACGUCCACAACUUGCAGUUGAAUUACAUGGUUGAAAACUGCGAUAAUGUUUUAGAAAGACACAAAAAGCUUGUGGAAUGUUAUAAAAAGGCUUGUGAAGGUUUAUACUGGACGCUAGAAGAUGACGGUUAUGUCUAUUCAAAUCUUGUCCAUCACAUGCUUUUGGCAAAACAAGAAGGAGAUGCAAUCCAACUUCUUACGAAUCGAGAGUGGAUUACAAAUAAGUUGAAAAUAUGUGGACCUGCCGACGUUAUCAACGACUUCCUUGAGCUUUUCACAUUUGUCAAGGAAGAUGAGAAGAAUGAAUUGAAACGUGUCAACGAGUUUUAUCAUUUUGUGAGAACGCAUGCUCACAUGUUUACGGUUUGUCCGUUCCCGGAUGUUGUUCAAAUCGCACUGAGUGAACCUUCAGACAGUGAUGCUUACAAGCAGGCCAAAAAAGAAGCCUUGAGAAGGUCAAAGGAUGAAGGAAAACUUUAUCUGGAUUGGUGCAACAAACAGAAUGCCCAAACUCUGGAAAUGACAGUGAAACCACACAAUGGUCCUGUUCAUUGCUGUGUUUUUUCUUCUCAUGGUCAAUACAUUCUGUCUUCGUCAUCAGACGGAACUGCUAAGGUGUGGGAAGCAGUUUCAGGCAAAAUUAUUCACACACUUGACGGUCGUGAUGAUAUCAUAACAUGUUGUGCUUUCAACAAAGACGACACUGAAGUUUUGACCACUUCGUAUGAUAAAUGUGUGAAGAUCUGGCAAUUGGGAGUGAAUAGCUUUGUCAAAGUUGAAUAUAAAGAACAUAAACAGGAUGUUCACUGCGCUGCAUUUUCACCAACAUCAAAUGAAGUUGUAUCAUGUUCAGCGGAUUCAACACUGAGGGUUUGGGACAGUGGCAGAGGAUUUACCAAAGCUGUUUGCAAAGGUCACGACGAUGUCGUGAAUUGGUGCAGUUUUUCCUUUAAUGGUUUAAUAGUUGUUUCUGGCUCAAAUGAUGAAACUGUGAAGGUUUGGAAAAGUGAUACUGGAGAAUGUUUGGCGACCACCAAGAAGCUGGGCUCAUUUGUAUCGUAUUGUUGCUUUCAUAUUGAUGGGUGUCGAGUGUUUGCUAGCUCAGGGAGACAUAUUUGGAUUAUAAAUAGUAGUUCAGGAGAACUUGUUAGUGAUAUUGACAUUGGUGAGCAAGUGUUGGCUUUCUCAUUGUCUUCUGUGGAAAACAAAAUUGCUGUUGCACUAUGCAAUAAUGUGCAGCUGUGGGAUUUCGAGCUCAAAAACCAUUUGAACACGUACUUUGGGCAUAAGAAUUGGGUCCACUCUGUAAACUUCUCGCCUAAUGGAAAGCAACUGGUCAGCGGUUCUUCGGAUGAAACAGUCAAGGUAUGGCCUGCUGAAGCAGUUACAUCAAAGGUUAUACGAUUAAGGAAAGUUUUUGAUGUUUUCUUUGAAGAAGAGCUGUUGUCAUCAAUUGCCGUUGCCGACAGUGAAAAUAGGGUGAAGGUUUUUGAGGGAAUCGAAGGAAAAUACCUUUGCCAAAGUGAUGCACAUACUGAAAGGAUUACUUGUGUUUUGUUUUCUGGUGAUGGCCACGCCAUUGCUGUUGGUUUGAAUUCAGGAUUGAUUGAAAUAUUGUGCCGCAAAACAUGCCGUCUACUCCAUAACUUGGUUUCACAUGAUAAAUGUGUGAAUUUGUUAGCAUACAGUAUCAACGGCUCUGUCCUUCUGUCAUGUUCGGAAGACAAAACUUUUAUGACGUGGGAUGGCAAAACAGGCCAGAAUUUAUUGAUGAAGGAGAAAAAACACGAUGGCGGAAUAACAGAGGCGUUGUUCUUUCAAAAUGACAAGAGAAUCCUUACAGCUUCUAGAGAUGGUUUUGCUAAGGUUUGGGACAGCAAGAAUGGAAAUAUUAUAUUUUCUUGCGAGCAUAGCAAAAUAAUUGGGUUUCAAAAUGUGUCAUAUCACACGAUAACAAAACAAUUUUGACCGGCUCCACUGAUCACAUCAUAAAGGGUUGGAAUGUCGAAAAUGGGCAGAAAUCAUUUGAGAUAUCAUGUGGAAAUGACGUCAUUAGAUCUCUUUCUAUCAACAAGAGCAACUUGUUGUUUGCGAGCGGCAGUGAUGAUGGCACUGUAACGAUCUUAGGUCUCGGAAACGGUGAAAUAUUGCAUUCGUGUACCUCUCAUAAUGAUUCAUGGGUAACAGACCUAGCUUUCGGUGGCGCCCGCAAGCAAUUGGUUUCUGUUGGGAAUAACAUACAGUGGCAUGAUGAGGAUGGCAGUCUUCUUCAACAAUUUUUCAUAAAAGGCAGCCAUUUGCGUGGCAUCAAAUGCUCGCCACAUUUUCAAAUUUUUGUAACUGUUGAUAACUUUGGUGUUUUGUACAUUCUUAAGGUGAUCUCCUAAAACGUACAUUUGCAUAAUUAGCUAACGCAUAAUUCAUGUCGCACAUUUAUAAAUAAUGACAGAGCAAAUAGUUUAGGAUAAAGGAUCGCAGACUUUCAAAUGUGCUAAUUCUCAGCAAUUUUUACAUAAUGCUUUCUAUAAAUCAAUUCAUAGAAUAUUUUAUAAUGAAACUAAAAAACUUGAUAAUUAAUUUAAAAAGUCAACAAGACGAGUCCAAUAUUUA